CUGCGAAAGCUGCGACUAUCCUCUGGGGCCAUGGACUCGGACGCCAGCCUGGCGUCCAGCCGCCCGUCGUCGCCAGAGCCCGAUGACCUUUUUCUCCCGGCCCGGAGCAAGGGCAGCAGCGGCAGCGGCUUCACUGGGGCCACCGUCUCCUCGUCCACGCCAAACGACUGCCCGCCGGAGCUGAGCGCGGAGCUGCGCGGCACCAUGGGAGCGGCGGGCACGCACGCCGGGGACAAGGUGGGCGGCAGUGGCUUCAAGUCAUCCUCGUCCAGCACCUCAUCGUCCACAUCGUCGGCCGCGUCGUCCACCAAGAAGGACAAGAAGCAGAUGACCGAGCCGGAGCUGCAGCAGCUGCGUCUCAAGAUCAACAGCCGCGAGCGCAAGCGCAUGCACGACCUCAACAUCGCCAUGGACGGCCUGCGCGAGGUCAUGCCGUACGCGCACGGCCCGUCGGUGCGCAAGCUCUCCAAGAUCGCCACGCUGCUGCUGGCGCGCAACUACAUCCUCAUGCUAACCAACUCGCUGGAGGAAAUGAAGCGACUGGUGAGCGAGAUCUACGGCGGCCACCACGCCGGCUUCCACCCGUCGGCCUGCGGCGGCCUGGCGCACUCCGCGCCCCUGCCCGCCGCCACGGCGCACCCAGCGGCCGCCGCGCACGCGGCGCACCACCCCGCGGUGCACCACCCCAUCCUGCCGCCCGCCGCCGCCGCCGCCGCCGCCGCUGCCGCCGCCGCCGCCGUGUCCAGCGCCUCUCUGCCUGGCUCCGGGCUGUCGUCGGUCGGCUCCAUCCGGCCCCCGCACGGUCUGCUUAAGUCUCCCUCGGCCGCGGCGGCCGCCCCACUGGGGGGCGGGGGCGGCGGCAGCGGGGGCAGUGGUGGCUUCCAGCAUUGGGGCGGCAUGCCCUGCCCCUGCAGCAUGUGCCAGGUGCCACCACCGCACCACCACGUGUCGGCCAUGGGCGCGGGCAGCCUGCCGCGCCUCACCUCCGACGCCAAGUGA